AUGGCUGAUUCAACUCCUCUACUCUCAACUUCUCCUUCAACCAAGAAUUACCAAGAUCAAGAAUUUCCAAAGCUAAAUGAUCAUUCUUCACUUGAAGAAAUAAUAGAGCCAUUUUUUGGGAGUUGUGGAAUUGCAUGGCCACAAAUCUUGCAAGUCAUGCUUGUUUCUCUGGCUUGUUUCUUUGAGGCUCAACAAAUAUUUAUCACAAUUUUUACUGAUGCAAUCCCAUCAUGGCAUUGCACAACACUUAAUAACACAAGUUGCAACCCAAAGUCUAAUGUGUGUCAACUUUCUUACACAGAAUGGAAUUGGGAUAAGCCUAUUUACACAUCCAUUGUAUCUGAAUGGUCACUUCAUUGUUCUGAUAAUCCUAUACUACAAGGCCUUCCAGCUUCAUCUUUUUUCAUGGGAUGCUUGCUUGGUGGCCUAGUUCUUGGUAUGUUAGGUGACACGAUUGGUCGAAAAACUAUGUUGUUUUUCGGGUGUUUGAUAAUGUCAAUGGCUUCAAUAUUCAUUGCUUUCUCUAACAACAUUUGGAUGUACUCAGCCUUGAGAUUUCUAAGUGGAUAUGGCCGCGCAGCGAUUGGAUCCUGUGUUCUUGUGUUAUGUUCUGAGAGUGUCGCUAUAAAAUAUCAAGGCCAAGUGGGAACUAUAGGAUUCUUUAUGUCUACAUUUGGAUUUGUGUCAAUACCAGGUUUGGCUUAUUUUAGUAGGAAUUACUCAUGGAGGGUACUUUAUCUUUGGACUUCUCUUCCAGCUAUAGUUUAUUGUUUGUUACUACAAUUUUGUGUUUAUGAGUCACCAAGAUGGCUUCUUUCAAAAGGGAAAGUUAGAGAGGCUUACGCAAUCCUCAAUACGUUCAUUGCACCUUAUUUCAAGAACCAAAUUUUAAAUCUUGAUCACAAGAAGUUGAAUAUUACUACUAGUGGUUCUAAUCAACCACUACUCAAGAUUUUGUUGAGGAAAAGAUGGAUUCUUGGACAGCUAUUGCUAGCUUUGGCAGCUGGUUUUGGCAUUGGAUUGAUGUACUAUGGCAUGCCAUUAGGACUUGGAAAUGGCAACUUUAGCUUAAAUCUCUACUUGAGUACUGGACUAAACGCGUUGCUAGAGUUACCAGCAUUCUUGAUAGUCUUUUUCUUGGUAGAAAAAUGCAAGAGGAGAAGCACUCUAGUUGGACUAAUUAUUUUAUCAGGUGUUUGUGGCAUGUUAUGCAUGAUGGCUGGCGAAUGGAAGAUCUUACAGCUAGUAUUGGAGUUAACUUCAUUUUUCAGUGCUUGUACUGCAUUUGAUCUAUUGCUGAUAUACACUGCAGAGUUGUUCCCUACUAGCAUAAGGAAUGCCACUGUGUCAAUUGUCUGGCAGGCUGUGGUGCUCGGGGGUGUGGUGAGUCCGGUUAUGGUUGAUGCAGGAGGCGAUAGAAACAAGAUUUUACCAUAUUUGGUGCUUGGAAUUAUGACAUCAAUUGCAGGGUCAUUGGUCAUUUUUCUGCCAGAAACAAAGGGAUUGGAGAUUUCUAACAAGAUAGAAGAUCAAGAACAAGAAGGUAUUGAACAACCUUAUGUGAUGAAUGGAGUGUGA